GGCACCUCACGUGCACAGUGUGUAGCCUUUUGAGUUUUUUUUCCUUUCCCCACAAAAGAGCUCGUAGUUACCAUAAUGCCUCGGCGAGGCCACUGCCAAGACAGAAUGGGGGAAAGCUUAUUGUUUAUGGCCUGUACUUCGUUUAAUACAAUAAUGAUGAUAAUGCUUGGGGAGCCUCACGUGGAAGUCUGGUGAUAUCCAUUAGUGAGAGAAAGAUGCUCUAAACUAAAUAUUAGAAGCCACUUGGAUAUAAAAGACUUAUUAUUACAGCUAAAUACACAUCAAGAGAAGCUGAAAACAUGAUCGCUAGUCAUGAGAUUCUCUGGUGUGUCCGGGCAGUGUUAUGUUAGUAGGAUGUGUUUUCUGACGUGGCUCUGUGCGGAGGGCACAGGGGCUCUUUGUCUCUUGGGAAUCAUGUGAGGUGGUUUUAUUUAAAGUAAGCCUGUGGCUUGCUUUGUGGCUUAUGCUUAAGUCCUCUCUGGAUCAGGAAAGAACCUACCUCAGGAGCAAGAUUUGGAGCUGAAGGAGUGGGAUGCAUCCAGUGCUAAAGGCCUUUGUGUGCGGUUCCAUCAGUGGGACCUGCUCCACCCUUCUCUUCCAGCCCCUAGAUCUUCUUAAAACCCGGCUGCAGACCCUGCAGCCUUCAAUCAAUGGGUCAGGUCAUGUUGGGAUGGUAGCUUUGUUCAUUAGGGUUGUUCGCACUGAAAGCCUCCUAGGGCUUUGGAAAGGGGUCUCACCAUCCUUCGCAAGAUGCAUCCCUGGGGUCGGGAUUUACUUCAGCACCUUGUACAAGAUGAAGCAGUACUUUCUCUCAGACCGGUCCCCCACAGCCCUAGAGUCUGUCUUUCUGGGUGUUAGCUCCCGUACAGUAGCAGGGGUUUGCAUGUUGCCCAUAACCGUGGUGAAGACACGAUAUGAGAGUGGGAAGUAUGGCUAUGAGAGUGUGUAUGGAGCCUUGAGGAAUAUCUAUCGGACAGAAGGGGCCCGGGGCUUGUUCUGUGGGCUGACUGCAACGCUCCUGCGUGAUGCACCCUUUUCCGGCAUCUAUUUGAUGUUCUACACCCAGACCAAAAAAGUUAUACCUCAGGACCAGUUUGAUCCAGCACUCACCCCCUUAGUGAACUUCAGCUGUGGAAUCUUUGCUGGAAUCCUGGCUUCAUUGGUGACACAGCCUGCUGAUGUAAUCAAAACCCACAUGCAGCUGACACCUGAAAAGUACCGCUGGACGGGGCAGGCCAUUGCCUUAAUCUUCAAGGACUAUGGACUGGUUGGCUUUUUCCGUGGCGGCGUCCCCCGUGCCCUGCGGCGCACUCUGAUGGCAGCGAUGGCAUGGACUUUAUAUGAGCAGAUGAUGGCAAAAAUGGGGCUGAAAUCCUGAAGGACUUGUAGUGGAGGAGACCAGCCUAAGCCCUUCUCCUGCUCACCUGGAUCAGCUGGUGAGAUGUGAUUUCCCAGUUCUGUGCGGGUGGAUCUUUGUUCCACAGUGGUAGAGUGAUAACGAUUUCUGAUCCAGGGGACUAGGCUGCAAAACUUGCCCUCUCUGACACAAAUGCAAGUAGCAGAGAGAAGGUUUUGACUUUGCAUCGUCAGAGUAAAGCAUUCCAGGAGGACCGUAUCAUUCAACUUCCUUGGAAGAUGGGAGGGUUUCAGUGUCCUACGAACUACAUGGUUACGGUAAAGACCGUUGAAAGAAACUCCUUCAGAAUAGUCCUAUGUGCCCUGAGAAGC